AUGGCUGCAGCGAUAAAGGCAAUCAACGCGAAGAUUCGCUCGAAUCCAGUCUCAGACUAUCUCUGUUCAACUCAUUUCUGGGGCCCGGCCUCGAACUUCGGUAUCCCCGUUGCCGCCGUCUUAGACACGCAGAAAGAUCCUGAAAUUAUAUCCGGCCCAUUCACCGCGGCCUUGACCCUAUACUCUGCCACAUUCAUGCGAUAUGCCAUGGCCGUUCAACCCAAGAACUACCUUCUCUUCGCCUGCCACUUUGUCAAUAUGAACGCACAAUUAACGCAGGGUUAUCGGUGGUACGACUACUGGUAUCGUGGCGGCGCCGAUAGAUGGGCCCUCCUGCGCGCCGAGAAGGCGAAGCUGGAGGAAUCAGCAGGUUCAAUAGCCGACCAGGCCAAGGACAAGGCCGCUCAAGCCGUCGAUGCGGCAAAGAAGUCUGUCUCAUAA